AUGUGUAAUAUAAAUCAGCCUCAGCCUAAUGAAGAUGUAAAUACUUUUGAGCCGGACACAUAUAAAAACAGACGUGUGGAACUUUAUACAGAAGACAAAGGUCCUAAAUGGUACAAUGUAGUCGGUAAUAUUGUGACACCUCCAAUAAUUUCAAAGAACCUUCCGGAAGCAUUUAAGUUUAUGCCUGUACAUGGAGUACCUAAAAAAGGAACAGAUAUAGAUGACUUUUAUAAGACGAAAGUUAGAGAAUUUGUAGGUUGCGAUUUAGGCGAUGAUGAAUUCAACAAACUCGCAAGCUACUGCAGUCCAAUGCAUUUGAAAACCGGAACAGAAUUGGUAAUGUCCACAAAUUAUCCCACACAAGGUCCAUUGCCAAAUAACAAAGUAAAUAAUUUAGAUUUAGACGAUUCAGAAAACAAUCUCUGCAUUGUUAAGAAGUUGAAGCUUCGCCUCGACAAAGAUGUCAACAAUCACUAUACAAGAAGGCUUAAGUAUAGAGGAGUCCGUGUUAUACCACCUGUACAGAGUGAUGAUUAUAAAAUACCCUUGUCACCUUUGGAGCCUGGCAAGGAUAUUGUAUUCCACAUCAGGGUGUAUCGGCCGUUCUAUUGCAAUGGAAAAUAUCGAAAUAACACCCGUCAUUCAGUAUUCAGUCACGAUAUACUGAUGCUGGGCAAACAGAAGCUGACGGAACUGAGAGAUCGUAUUGUGUGUGCCAACGACAUGGGUAUGAGGAUAGACGUCUCAGAGAACCCCGAUGACCAACCCUCUACUUCUGCUAAGGAAGUGUUCCCAUCUGGUUUCCUGUUCAUAAACAACGUGUUCUACGUGGACACGCGCAAGGGCUGCGCGGACCAUUCUAAGAUCAUACGCGAGUGGGCUUCCAAGAGGGGUCUGGGGGACUUCCCACAUAGAGACAUGGCGCAGGUGUCUCUUGAUGAGAUCGUUGUUAGGCUUGGGCAUCCCGAGGUGUACGUGCACCAGGGCCGCUGCGAGCACGCGCUGACGCUGUCGGCGCUGCGCCUGCUGCGCGCGGCCGAGGCGCGCGCGCGCUUCCCGGCGCACGGCGCGCUGUCGCACAACCAGACCGUGUACUGCGCCACGUGCGCGGAGUUCGGCGCGCGCUGGAUCGUGGCGGGCUGCGCGCAAGUGCCCUUCGACCCCGCCUUCUUCUGCGACACGUGCCUGCGCCUCUACCUCUACCGCGACGGCCGCAAGGUGUGCCCCUUCCGCGCCUACUGCUACCGCGGCAACGAGCUCAACCUGCUCAAGCCGCCCACGUGAGCUGCAACCGCGUGACACGCCCGGCGUGCCCGACCCGCCCGGUGUGCCACGUGUCGCGGCGCUGCGUCGUUGUUGUCUGCUAGUACCUCUUCUACAGCGGCCGCAAGCUGACGUGUCAUGUGCGUC